ACAAAUGACUUGAUCAUGUCAAGUGUCUUCCGUUUCACACUAGGAAACCAACCCUAUUUCAGUUCUCUUAUCGCCUAUAAAAACCACCCCUUGCUGCUUCACAUUUUCAGCUCAAACUUGUCGGUAGUAAGAGCUUCGGUUUAGAGCUCUCAGCUAUGGCCAUGGCCUCGGCCUCCUCCAACUCCAAUAUUAUUUUCUUCUUCUGGGUUCUGCAGGCUCUGACAAGCUUGUUGUUGAGUUUUUCGGAUGCUCAAAUGGUUCCCGCGGUGUUUGUGUUGGGAGACUCGUUGGUUGAUGUCGGCAACAACAAUCACCUUCCUCUUUCAAUCGCCAAAGCAGAUUUUCCUCACAACGGCGUCGAUUUUCCCACCAAGAAACCCACUGGCAGGUUUAGUAAUGGCAAGAAUGCUGCUGAUUUUCUUGCUGAGAAAGUAGGGUUGCCUACUUCACCUCCAUACCUUUCCUUAAAAUCCAACAAAAACAAGGCAUCUUUAUUCCUCACCGGUGUUAACUUUGCCUCUGGACGUGCUGGCAUCUUCAAUGGAUCUGAUCAAGCUCUCCAUCAAUCGAUUCCUUUGACAGAACAGGUGAAAUACUAUACAACUGUGCAUCAGGCUCUGGCGCAGCAGCUAGGAUCUUCCAGUGUACAACAGCUCUUGGCCAGGUCUCUCUUUGCCAUUGUGAUUGGUAGCAAUGAUAUCUUCGACUAUUCCGGAAAAUCUGAACUUCAAAAGAAGUACACGCCCCAGCAAUAUGUCAAUCUAAUGGCUACAACUCUAAAACUACAGUUAAAGAUACUUUACGAUUAUGGUGCACGUAAAUUUGUGUUACCUGGACUGGGGCCAAUAGGCUGCGCUCCCUCGGUAAGGAUUAAGAGCCGAACGGAAGAAUGCAAUGAAGAGACAAGUAGCUGGGCUUCUAUGUACAAUGAAGUACUCAAGUCAAUGUUGGCGGCAUUAAAAGGAGAGCUCAAGGGCAUACGUUACUCCUACUUUGACACGUACAAUGUCAUGCUAAACAUCAUUAAUGACCCAACAACAUAUGGUUUUGCAGAGUCUAAAGCAGCCUGUUGUGGGCUUGGGAAACUGAAGGCCGAAGUCCCUUGCGUGCCCAUUUCAACCUAUUGCCCGAACAGAAGUGAUCAUGUCUUUUGGGAUAUUGUACAUCCAACACAGGCGGUUGCUCAAAUCUUUGUGGAUACCCUUUUUGAUGGUCCAUCACAGCACACAUUUCCAAUGAAUGUGAGGCAACUUGUAUCUGUUUAAGCUUCAAUAAUAAUAUGAACUGAAGAACAUACUAAGACAAA